AUGGCCCAAAUAAAGCCCAUAUAUAUAAAUACGCACCGCCUCGUGUUUCCUCUUCCACCUCUUUCGCCGCCGCCCCAAACCCUCGCUGGCCAACUGUCGCUUCACACGCGGUUGACUGGUGAUGGCUCGCGGCACCAAGAAGAGGAGGGGCACCGAGAGGAGCCGGACGACCUCCUCGUCGAGAUCAUCUCGCGCGUGACAUACAAGUCCACCCGCUGCUGCAAGUGCGUCUGCACGCGAUGGCGCGACCUCGUUUCUCACGCCGACCACCGCAAGAAUCUGCCCCAGUCGACCCUCGCCGGCAUCUUCUACCAAACCUACAAUAUGAACCGCUACCCAUCUUUGUUUCCUGGUUACAGAAGCGUGUCAGGGAACUGGUGCUCGAGCAUCCACCUGGCCCUCUCGUUCCUACCUAAAUGCAAGAGACAUGAUAUGAGCUUGUUAGACUGUUGCAAUGGCCUCCUCCUCUUCCUCUGCUGGAAGCAGCCUUAUGGUGUCAAGAGACUCAAGACAUUGGAUUACGUGGUGUGCAAUCCUGUCAGCGAGAAAUUGGUGGUCGUGCCUGCCACCAGCUGGUCCAGCAAGGUGCGGAUCAUUCGCUUAGGGUCCGAUACCGCCAUCUCCUCCCACUUCUACGUGCUCGAGUUUGCACCUGCUGGUGAUGUGGAUGCGAAUGCAGAUGGUGAUGAUCUACACACCAAACCAGUGGCUAUCUACUCAUCCAAAUUUGGAGCUUGGACGCAUAGAGUUGUUUGGGAUAGUCAAACUUCGAUAUUCUGCAAUUCAAAAAGCUUAUUUUACAGUGGGAUGUUGCAUUUGUGUGCGGAUGAUGAUUUUGUGCUAGUUCUUGGCGUGGAGCGAAACCGUAGGCUUAUUCAUGUCCCUAUGCCACAUUCUGCUGGUGAUGUUCAUAAUGUUUAUCUAUCGCAAGGACAAUUGUAUUUGACAAAGAAAGGUGCUUCUGAACUAUCAAUUUGGGCUCUUGUAGAUUAUAGUAGUGAAAAGUGGAUCUUGAAGCGCAAUGUUAGCCACUUCAAUUACGAAGUCAUCUCAAUCCACCCAGAAUACAAUUUGUUAUUUAUUGUACGUAAGAAGAGUCGUCGAUUAGUGGAUCUAAUGUCAUAUGAAAUAGAUUCUAGGGAGCUGCACUUUUUAUCUAAUUUUACAUGGGGUUGA